AUACGGGAAUCCCGAUUGCAGCUGGCGUACUCUGGGUGGACCUAGUGUCAAUCGCUGUAGCGGCCGUACGCCAUCUUCGAUUGCAACGUCAACCCCGAGGCUGUCCAAACAAAUCCCGCGUGUACGGUUCACGGUGCAACUGUCUUUCCUUUGCUUCUUUCCUGCAUAUCACCUGUCCUUUCCUGCAUGACCCCUCAUCCGCAGUCUUACUUAUAUACCCUGCUACAUCUGCCAGAAUGCUCUCUCACUUUGCUCUAGUAGACCCCGCUGUACGCCAAAACACAAACAUGGCGGACCAAGAGAACAAAGAGGAUGUCCCUAUUCCGCAGCCGCCAGGCUUGCCCUUCUUUGGCAACAUUGCAGACAUGGACCCCGAGUUCCCCCUCGGCUCGCUCAUGCGCAUGGCAGACACGUACGGCACCAUCUACAGAUUCGUCAUCGCCGGGCAACCACGCGUCGUCAUUGGCAGCCAGGCGCUGAUGAACGAGGUGUGCGAUGAGUCGCGGUUCAUGAAAAAGGUCGUGGCCGGGCUGGAGGAGGUGCGCAAUGGCGUGCACGACGGUCUCUUCACAGCAUACGGCCCGCAGGAGCGCAAUUGGGGAAUCGCCCACCGCGUGCUCAUCCCCGCCUUCGGGCCCCUCUCCAUCCGCGGCAUGUUCGACGAGAUGCACGACAUUGCAAGCCAGCUGGUUCUCAAGUGGGCCAGGCAUGGCCCCGCCCACAACAUCGAGGUCGUCGACGACUUUACCCGCCUGACGCUCGACACACUCGCUCUGUGCGCCAUGGACUACCGCUUCAACUCCUACUACUACCAGCAGAUGCACCCAUUCAUUGAGGCAAUGGCCGGCUUCCUCGUCGAGUCUGGCAAUCGCGCGCGCAGGCCUGCCAUCACCCAGGCUUUCUACAGGCAGGCGCAGUACAAAUACGAGGCCGACAUUGCACUGCUCCAGAAGACGGCAUACGAUGUCAUUAAGACACGGAGGGCGAACCCUGUCGACAAGAAGGAUCUUCUGAACGCUAUGAUUGAUGGCAGAGACCCCAAGACUGGCGAGGGUCUCAGUGACCAGAGCAUCAUGGACAACAUGAUUACGUUCCUGAUCGCCGGCCACGAAACCACCUCUGGCCUUCUCUCAUUUGCCUUUUACUACUUGAUCAAGAACCCGCAGGCCUACCAGAAAGCUCAAGAAGAGGUGGACAAGGUCAUUGGCAACGGCCCCAUCACCAUCGACCACCUGUCGAAGCUCCCGUACCUGAACGCCGUGCUGCGCGAGACGCUGCGUCUGACCCCGACAGCCCCGGCCAUUGCCAUGGCGCCCCUGAAAGAUGAGGUUCUCGGCGGCAAGUUCCACGUCCAGAAGGACGAGGCUGUUGUCGCUCUGCUCCCUAAGAUCCACCGGGACCCGGUGGUGUACGGCGAGGAUGCGGACGCGUGGCGCCCGGAGAGGAUGCUCGACGAGAACUUUGACAGGAUCAACAAGGAGUUCCCCAACUGCUGGAAGCCGUUUGGAAACGGCAUGCGUGGCUGCAUCGGCAGGCCGUUCGCGUGGCAGGAGGCGCUCCUGGUCACGGCAAUACUUCUCCAGAACUUCAACUUCGUCGCCGAAGACCCCUCGUACCAGCUCAAGUUCAAGCAGACCCUCACCAUCAAGCCCAAGGGCUUCCGCAUGCGCGCCACGCUCCGCAAUGGCCGCAGUCCCACAUCGCUGGAGCACCAGCUCACGUCGACGAGCAUCACGGAACCCAAGGACAACGGGCGCAAGACCACUGACAGCAAGGGCGGUGCCACGAUACAGGGCGGUGUCCCGCUGUCGGUCUUCUACGGCUCCAACACGGGCACAUGCGAGGCGCUGGCGCGUCGACUGGCCGGCAACGCGGGCACGUACGGCUUCUCGGUCAAGACGGUCGACGCGCUCGACGCGCUCAAGGCCUCCGUGCCGACGGAUCACCCCGUCGCCAUUGUCACGGCGUCGUUCGAGGGUCAGCCGCCCGACAACGCCGGCCACUUUGUCUCGUGGCUGGAAAGUCUGGAGGGCAACGAGAUGGACAAGGUCAACUACGCCGUGUUUGGCUGCGGGCACCACGACUGGGCGCAGACGUUCCACCGCAUCCCCAAGCAUGUCGACACGCUACUCGAGCAGCGCGGUGGUCACCGCAUCGCGCCACUGGGCACCGCCGACGCCGCCGCCGGCGAUAUGUUCACUGACUUUGAGCGCUGGGAGGACGAGAUCUUCUGGCCCGCCAUGAAGGCCCAGUAUGGCAGCCAGGCCAGCUCGGCCGCGGCCGGCGGCGCCCUCGACCAGUUUGAGGUGCAGGUCUCGAGCCCGCGCCCGUCGACGCUGCGCCAGGAGGUCAAGGAGGCGCGUGUCGUGGCGGCGCGCACCCUCACCGCGCCGGGUGUCCCCGAGAAGCGGCAUAUUGAGAUCCAGCUGCCGUCGGACACGGAGUACUCGGUCGGCGACUACCUGGCGGUGCUGCCGCUGAACCCGAAGGAGACAGUCGCGCGCGUCAUGCGCUACUUCGGGCUGGCGUGGGACAGCAUGCUGACGGUGUCGGCGUCGUCGCCCACGACGCUGCCGACGGACAACCCCAUCUCAGCCGCAGACCUGUUCGGCGCGUACGUGGAGCUGGCGCAGCCGGCCAGCAGGCGCAACGUAGCAACGCUGGCCGAGGCGACGCAAGACGAAGCAACGAAGAAGGAGCUCGCGCGGUACAGCAGCGACGACGCCGCCUUCAGCGCCGAGAUCUCGGCCAAGCGCGUCAGCGUGCUGGACCUGCUCGAGCGCUACCCCAGCGUCACGCUGCCGCUCAACUCGUUCCUGCAGAUGGUGCCGCCGAUGCGCGUGCGGCAGUACAGCGUGUCGUCGUCGCCGCUGCAGGACCCCGCGCACGCCUCCCUCACCUACGCCGUCCUCGACCAGCCGGCUCUGGGCGGCGCGCCCGGCGCCCGCCACCUCGGCGUCGCGUCCAGCUACCUGGCGCGCCUGGGCGUCGGCGACCGCCUGCACGUCAGCGUGCGCCCCAGCAGCCAGGCCUUCCGGCCGCCCGUCGACGCCGAGAACGUCCCCGUCGUCAUGGUCGGCGCGGGCAGCGGCCUCGCGCCCUUCCGGGGCUUUGUGCAAGAGCGCGCCGCGCAGCUCGCCGCUGGGCGGUCCCUCGCCCCCGCCCUGCUGUUCUUCGGCUGCCGCGACCCAGAGGGCGACGACCUCUACCGCGAGGAGUUCGAGCAGUGGGAGAAGGCCGGCGCGGUCGAGGUCCGUCGCGCCUAUAGCCGCCAGCCGGACGCUAGCGCCGGCUGCAAGUACGUCCAGGACCGGCUGUACGCGGACCGCGCGGACGUGCUGGCGCUGUGGGAGCGCGGCGCAAAGGUGUUUGUGUGCGGCAGCUCCGAGGUGGGCAAUGCGAUCCGCGAGGUCAGUCUGCGGAUUGCGCGCGAGAAGGCCGAGAGUGACGGGAAGGAGACGAGUGAUGAGCGCCUCGAGAAGUGGUUUGAGGGUGUUAGGAACGAUCGGUAUGCUACGGAUGUUUUUGCGUAGAUGGGGGGUGGUGUUUUGGGAUAUAUAAGGGAGGGCUUUUGUUAGAUAUUAGAUAUCUGUGUAUGUGUAUGUGUGUAUAUGGUAUACC